UCCUCAGAUUUCGAGUACUACUCGGUGAAGCGUUUCAUGAGAACAAUCAAUAAAUAAUCGGUGCAUCCCCAAGUGUAGGCUCUAUGGUCUUUUUCCCAACAGAGACUAUUCCUCACUGACAAUGGAAAAGUUGAUCAUCUUGUUCACACUUUUCGUCCGAACAUUGUCCGCACCGAAUGGAUGUAUAGAAGCCUGCAAUUUCUUCCAAGGGACCGACUUAGCACAGCAAAUUGUUAAAGACAGCCAUGUGAACUUUGAUUUCGCUCGACCUGGAAACUGGACCGAACAGAAUCAGUACAGAACGGACGGAGGUCGGGGCAGAGUUUACGAAGAACAUGGCCAGUUCGAGCAGGGACCAAAACGGGUCCGAUUCUUCAAAAAGAAUUACACCUCCUCCUACAGCACUGGAGACAUCAACGGUUUAGAAUCCGUAAACCAAGGAAGCUCGAGUGCAUACGACAGGUACAGUUCGUCUCAAGCAUCUCAAAAUAACGCUUUCGAGCAAGCGCAUCAGGCCGCCUUACAUCAAGGCAUAUCGUCAUCAUCAAACAGAAUCAGCAGUCAAAAUGCCAGAUUGGAAGAUUUCGGGGAGUAUGAUGCACAGCGCAGAUUAUCUUCAUACAACACCAGAACUCAUCAGCAAGGUGCCGUCGACCUGAGCGUAACGCCUCUUCAACCACCAGGUAUCCUGGACUCUGCGCGACCUGGCAAUUGGAGUGAAGUAGACAGUUACAGAACCGACGGAGGUCACGGCAGGGUUUUCGAGGAACAGGGUCAGUUCGUGACGGGUCCGAAACGUGUUCGAUACUACAGGAAGAAUUACACAUCGAGUUACCAGACUGGAGGCGGUUUCGCGCCCGACAUGACCAGCACAGCGGUCCAGGAUCUGGAGCGCGAGAUGCAACGGCUGCACAAACAGUUCGACAGCUUCGGCAGAGAGAUUCACCAAAGUUCCUCCGAACAUGCGGCAUUUGGCAGUUCCAUGGCCUCGGGGUCUGCAUCUGCCGUCGAUUUGUCCCAGACCACGGAGGACAGAAGAUAUGCCCAGAAUCGAGUUCAACCCGUUUCUACGUAUUAUCCUUCGCAACCCAGCCCUAACAGAGUAUCAACUUCCGAGUACGGCCAGUACUCUGGAAACGGUAAUCUGCAAUCUGGAUCAUUGGUAAACCAAGAGAGAACAACAAAAGUGGAGUCCACCGCUCAUUUGCCCGCGACCUCUGAAAGGAUUUACGAGCAGUCCCAGUCGAGAAGAGAACAUUCGGUGACCCGAUAUGGCACCGGUGAUCGUACUUCCAAUCAGCAGGUGUAUCCGAACUCGUAUCAGACUCCUGUAAGCACUGCCGAAGAGGUAAGGUACCAAACCGCCGCGGUCCCUAAUACCUACGGUACGCACAGUCAACAGACUUAUGAACAAGCGUAUGGCACCGGAAAUCACCAAGUGGCUCAGACUGCGAGCGAAUCGCAAGAUCGUUGGAACCAGCUACAUGUUGGGUCCUCGACGAGCGAUAGUAGCAGCAAUUAUAACCAACGAGACCGAGAUGAUCGUUACGGACACAGACGUAACACGGUACAGAGUCAGGCUGAUCAGUCCCAAUAUCGCCAUUCGAGCAACGCGGAACAGUCGAGACGUGAUCAGGGUUACUCGAGUAAGUUGAGCGUUGAUCAAGAAAGAUAUGCUCAACAUCUUGAAGGAUCUUCUCAGAGAACCCAACCGAGUCAGGUGACGGAGUACGAACAGCACUGGAGUUCCGCAGGGCACAGAAGAGAGACCGUAGUGCCUGCGUACAGUAGCGGUCAUGAAAGUGCCGCUAUCACUCAGCAGGCGCGACAGAUGAGUCAACAGCAGUUUGGAUCUGAAAACCAAUAUCAGCAGCAGAGCUCUUACGAUAUUCUUCACGGCCAUAAUACUAACGUAGGGGAAACGAAUCAGAAUCAUUAUAAUUCCGCUUACAGAACGCAAUCUGGAAAAUUAGUCGUGGGGUCUUUGCAGUUGAAUCAGAUGGCACAAGGUGCCGACUGUGCUCAAGACUCCGCUGCACAAACUCAAUAUGACUCUCUUCGAACCAGAUACAAACGUGGUGCCGGAUAUUACAAUCGACACAGGCCGAGGUACCCCAGCAAUGUUGAAGACUUGACGCAGCAAACGGAGGACUUGACUCAACAGAGUGAGGAUUUAACACAGCAAAGCGAGGACUUGACCCAGCAAACCGCGGACUUGACUCAACAAAUUGCGGACUUGACUCAACGGAACGAGAAUUUAACCCAGCAGAGCGCAGACUUGACCCAGCAAAGCGAAGACUUGACUCAGCAGACAAACUCUGGCUAUUUCCCGAGGGAACCUUACAGGAAACCCCAAGCGGAACGGAAUUCGCAGAGAAACUGGCACUUUACUGAACCCAGUAGAGAUGGCUUAGAAACUGCUGAUUUGGUGCACCAAAGCGACAACUCUCAACUGAGCCAAAGCACUCAGGACGUUUGGGGACCUAGUCCAUUAUAUGUUGGAAAUCAACAUGCCGGAACUCACCCACAACAAAGUGGACAAGACGACAACUCUCAACUGAGCCAAAGUACCCAAGACGUGUGGGGAUCAAAUCCAUUGUACGUUGGAAACCAACAUACUGGAACCUAUCCGCAACAAAGUGGAGGUUUAGAUCAUCAGUCCGGAACGUACGUUCAGGUACCUCAAAGUCCACCUAGUGAAUCAGGAUUUGACCAACAGACGGGUAGAUUCCCAAGUCGGGAGAGAAUAAGAGGUACAUCACAGAGGAAUAAAAAUCGUACACAAGAGGCAACGGAAAUCGGUGAUUUGACCCGAGAAGCAUCCACCGUGUCCGAAGUUGGUCAAGAAACACAAAAGCAUUGGAACUCUGAUGACUGGCACGUAAAUGGUCAACAAACCGAGGAUCUAACGCAGCAGGUAACGAGUAAUCUAGAAUCCGGAAGAGACACAUCGAGGAAGCCUCAAACCUGGCACGUGGAAAGCUCAGGUCAACAAACCGAGGACAGAAACCACCCAAAUGUUGGUAAUCUUCAAAUUAACCAACAUGAGAGUCCAUCGAAAUGGACGGAAGACCUGACGCAACAGAGUCAAGAUCUUACUCAACAAAAUCGGGAUUUGUCUCAACAGACUAACGGACCAAACAGUUAUCGGCCAACUUGGGGACAACAACAAAAUCAAGACUUUAAUGGGCAACAACAGAACGCCAAACCUGAGGAUUUCGGUCAAACGUGGGACCAACAACAAAAUGGAGAUUUCACCCAGCAAACCAAACCUCAUGACUUUCGUCAAUCAUGGGGAAACCUCGAGUUUGGUAAUCAAGCAGCUGGUAAUCAAGAGUCCCCCCUUUCGAACGGAGCUACAAAAGGAUCUCACAGACGUGGUCAAAGGCUACCAGCUCCAAAACCCACGUUAAGACCUCGAAGACCCAGACCGGAACCAACGGGUUACGGUACGCAAAACGAACUGGGCGAACAAUCCACCACGGAUAGGAAUUAUCGAGUCGUUGAAGAUCUCGAGUAUGACCGACUGCACCAAAAUCCAUCGAUAUUGAGAGUCGAUCAACAAAAUCGUCGGACUGAGAACGAUAGUACCAGACAUGGUACCACGGAAUGGCAAGCACAGAACCUACAACGAGAACAAGAAGGCAAGGAUAAGGAGGAUCAAAGUUCGCAAGUUUUCGUCAAACCGAUUGAAGUAACUACGCAACGUGCGGUUUAUAAUACCGAUAAGUACGGAAAAAUUGUCAGAGGUGAUCAACCAGAAGUUGGCCCAGAGGAGCCGACAAAUAUACCAUUUGUGGAUUAUCCACAACGAACUGAUAAAGACAUUUCGCAACAGACUGUUAUUGGCCAUGAAGGAAUUAACACGUGGCAGCAAUCUCAAAAACAUUCUGAAUUUGAUAAUGAUAAUUACCAACAAUCGAGUGCACAGCAUAGGCACGUGGACGAUAGUCAAGUGACAACGUCCGAAGCACAUCUUAGCCAAAGCCAACAAGGCUUACGUUGGCACCAAAGCCAUCAUACGGAUGAUUUAACUAACAGUGAGAAUCAUAGAGAGUUUCGGGAGCAACAGAGUAGUAGAGGAACAGGAAAUGUGGAGAAGCCUUGGCAGUAUGGACAAUCAAGUUAUCCUCAACGACCAAUAGAAAGUGCUCAAUCAAAUAGCAAGGAACACGAAAAGGAUGACCCUAGUAGAGUUAGGCCCCUCAUCGUUGAAAAACCAUGGGGUCAUCACAGCGUUGAUCAAAGUAAUGCAGGAGUUUUGCAAGUGGCAAAUUCGGAAAUCCGUAGAGACCAGCAGGAGGGACAAAAACUUGAUGACAAUCAACGUGUACAAGUUACCAACUUCCAUCAGCAGCAGGGAGAGAACUUGGAAUCGAGUUAUCUGGAACAGUCCAAUAGAAGAUACGGCAGUCAUUAUCAACAGUCUUCUGGACAUCGGUUUGAUCAAAGCACGCAUAGAGAACAUCAUUUAUAUGAAGAAUCAAAUGCUAGUCAAAAUUCUAGAUCUCUUGAACUCGAACAGGUAUUAGAGCAAGGACAAAAAUCUGAAAAUUUGUGGCUUCAACCAGGUGAUCUUGAGCAAAAUCAAGAAAGUAUAGGUCAACAUAAUGAUCAACAGCAGACCAUCGGACAAGGAUUUUAUGGCUUAUCACAACAAACAGGAAAACUUGAGCAGGAACAGGAAAAUAAAGAACAAACAAGCGAUCUACAGCAAACUGUUACUAAGUCAGGAGAAGUUCCAGUGAGUGUUCAGCCACGAAUCCUAGAAGCAUAUGGAGCAAAUGGACCAUAUGCGACAUCACAUGGCGAAGACAUAUUUGUUAACGCCAGACCUAAUCCUAGUGCCACUUUACCGCCAUAUACCGAUGAUUUAGAGCCUUGGGUCAUUCGUGAAAAAGAAAAAGAAUUAGAAGUAGUACCAUUGCCAGCAACUACUGCUGAAGAACCUAAAACGGAUUCUUUCGAGCCAUCAACAGAAACGCCACCAUCAUUUUGGAAUAAACUAGGUUACAAAUUUACUUCUACCAUUGAUAAAGCUAAAGACAAAGCUAGAAACUUUUUUGGUUAAAUGAUUUACAAAAUAAAUUCAAAAUACCUUUUAGGUAUAUAUCUAAGCAUCCAAGCUUUCAAUGUGCAAAUAAGUACCUAUAGUUUAUAAAUCAAAUUAGUCUUAUUUAUAUGAACUUCCAGCUAUUUAGUAUUAUGUACACAAAAUGUUUUAUAUUGUAUAAUAUACAUAUAAUGAUACAAUAAAUAAUAUAUUCCAUGUAAA